AUGGUUUUCCUUCUCUUGUGGUGGAAUUUCAGAGGCUUUGUGUUCUCUCUCCUUCUAAAAACAAGCCUCUCCUUAAACCCAGAUGAUCCAAAUGUUUGCAGCCACUGGGAAAGCUACGCGGUGACUGUUCAGGAAUCAUACGCACAUCCCUUUGAUCAGAUCUACUAUACAAGAUGCACAGAUAUUCUGAACUGGUUCAAGUGUACUCGACACAGAAUCAGUUAUAAAACGGCCUAUCGGAGGGGACUGAGGACGAUGUAUCGGCGACGGUCUCAGUGCUGCCCGGGAUAUUACGAGAGCGGGGACUUCUGCAUCCCUCUCUGCACUGAAGAAUGUGUCCACGGCCGGUGUGUGUCUCCUGACACUUGCCACUGCGAACCAGGAUGGGGAGGGCCAGACUGCUCCAGCGGUUGUGAUCAGGACCACUGGGGCCCUCACUGCAGCAACCCUUGCCAGUGCCGGAAUGGAGCUCUGUGCAACCCCAUCACUGGCGCUUGUGUGUGUGCACCAGGAUACAAAGGAUGGCGCUGCGAGGAUUUGUGUGAGCCGGGAACUUACGGGAAAGGCUGCCUGCUCAAGUGCCAGUGUCAUAAUGGGGCAACCUGUGACCACAACACAGGAGAAUGUCAUUGUGCACCUGGAUACACUGGAGUUUUUUGUGAAGAGCCGUGUCCUCCCGGCAGCCACGGAGUCCAGUGCGAACAGCGAUGCCCCUGCCAAAAUGGAGGAACCUGUCACCACAUCACGGGAGAAUGCACCUGUCCCCCAGGAUGGAUGGGUUCUGUGUGUGCUCAGCCUUGCCCAUCGGGAACAUACGGGGUUAACUGCAGCCAAGAAUGCCCAUGUCAUAAUGGAGGACAAUGCGACCACGUGACGGGGGUGUGCCUGUGUACUGCAGGGUAUAUGGGAGACAGAUGUCAGGAGGAGUGUCCAGUGGGGACAUUUGGCUUCCAGUGUGUGGAGAAAUGUAACUGUGAGAACAGAGCCAAGUGCUAUCAUGUCAACGGAGCAUGCCUGUGUGAUCCGGGCUUCAAGGGCAUCCAUUGCCAGGAGCGGAUCUGUCCAGAGGGAUACUAUGGGCUGAAGUGCAACAAACGGUGUCCAUGUCAUGCUACUAACACAGUCAGUUGCCAUCCUCUGUCUGGCGAAUGCAACUGCAAAGCUGGCUGGGCAGGGCUCUAUUGCAACGAAACGUGCGCGCCCGGGUUCUACGGGGAAAGUUGUCACCUUGUUUGCCAUUGUCAAAAUGGAGCAGAUUGUGAUAGCAUCACGGGGAAAUGCACCUGUGGACCAGGAUAUAUGGGAGAGAUCUGUUCGGUUACGUGUCCUCCCGGGAGCUAUGGAGUCAAUUGCUCCUUGGCCUGCAACUGCAAAAACGACGGCACGUGUUCCCCAGGAGAUGGCUCCUGCUUCUGCAGAGAAGGGUGGCAGGGAACUGACUGUUCCAUUCCGUGCCCGAGCAACACGUGGGGUCUUAACUGCAACCAGACCUGUUAUUGUGCCAAUGGAGCUGCCUGUGACCCCAUGGAUGGAUCUUGCUUUUGUGGUCCUGGAUGGCAAGGGGAAAUCUGUGACCAGCCUUGCCCUGAUGGGACAUAUGGCCUGAACUGCACUGAACGUUGUGAUUGUGACCACGCAGACGGGUGUGAUCCUUUGACGGGCUAUUGCUGCUGUCUUGCUGGCUGGACAGGCAUCCAUUGCGACAGUGUGUGCUCACCAGGCCGUUGGGGACCCAACUGCUCCAUUGCCUGCAACUGUGAAAAUGGAGGUUCCUGCUCUCCGGAAGAUGGAAUCUGCGAGUGCGCCCCAGGCUAUCGAGGACCCAUGUGCCAGAGAAUUUGUCCUCCUGGUUUCUACGGGCUUCACUGCAACCAAAUUUGUCCUCAAUGCUUUCACAGCACACUCCCCUGCCAUCACGUCACGGGACAAUGUGAUUGCCUACCAGGGUUUUUUGGGCCCCUCUGCAACCAAGUGUGUCCAAGUGGAAGAUAUGGAAAAGACUGUGCUGAGUUGUGUUUGUGUACAAACAAUGGGACCUGCAAUCCCACGGAUGGCUCUUGCCAGUGUUUCCCAGGAUGGAUCGGCAAAGAUUGCUCACAAACUUGUCCAGCGGGCUUUUGGGGAACCGAUUGUUUUCAUUCGUGCAGUUGUCACAACGGUGGGACGUGCAGCCCCCACAACGGAGAAUGCCAAUGUACCCCUGGCUGGACGGGUCCCUACUGUUCUCAGAGAUGUCCAGCUGCCUUUUAUGGAAAGCACUGCGCCAGCCUCUGCCAGUGCCAGAACGGGGCCGACUGCGACCACGUCACCGGGCAGUGCACCUGCAGAACCGGCUUCACCGGAAAACAGUGCGAGCAGAAGUGCCCACAAGGGACGUUUGGUUAUGGCUGCCAGCAGCUCUGCGAGUGCAUGAAUAACGCCACCUGUGACUAUGUUACAGGUACCUGUUACUGCAGCCCCGGGUUCAAAGGAAUCAGGUGCGAUCAAGCGGCUCUCAUGAUGGAAGAAUUAAAUCCCUAUACUAAAAUUAGCCCAGCUCUUGGAUCUGAGAGGCAUUCAGUGGGAGCAAUCUCUGGAAUUAUUAUCCUCCUGCUAAUUAUUAUGGUUUUGCUGGCACUGUUUGUGUGGUAUCGACGUAAGCAGAAGAAAGGGCACGACAUGCCGAGCGUCUCGUACACCCCGGCCCUGCGGAUGACCAACACCGAUUACUCGCUCUCCGACUACGUGAAGGAAUCGGCCCACAGCUCCAGCUCCGCUUCCCUCAACAGCAGCGAAAACCCCUACGCCACCAUCAGAGAGGCCCCCAUCCUGACCCGCAAACCGCCCGAGAACAGCUAUGUGGAAAUGAAGUCUCCUGCCCACCGGGACGCGUCGUAUUUGGACAUGCCAGCCUCUUCGCCGGCCCACAAAAACAUCUACGACGUUGAGCCCACAGUCAGCGUGGUCCAGGAGAUCCGUCUCCGCAGUGCUGGUUACAUCCAAAAUCCAUACGACCUGCCCAGAAACAGCCAUAUCCCCAGCCACUAUGACAUUGUCCCCAUAAGACACAGCCCAACUCAUGGAACUCUCUGGGAGAAGCCAUCUUAA